GCUGCCUCCGCCGCGCUGGUCGAUGCUGCUGCCGGUCUUAUCAUGCUGUACAAAAAGAUCUUCUCGGCCAUGAAGUCGGCAAACAAGAUACAAAAAGACGACCAAACAUACAUGGAGCAGUUUCGCACCUUGCAGAGUUACACUUGCGACUUGAUCAGUUGUUUGUACGGCGAGGAGGCGUUCAGAAGCCGCAACAACGGCAUCGUGUUCGAGAAACUUUCUCCUCAACUAGUCGGAAAAUUGUACUCUCUAAUGCCAGACAUAGAUACAAAGUUCAGCCUUCGGAACCACAUAGCGUUCGCACCGUACACCUAUAUGCAGUUGGAAGCCAUAGAUCACGCAGAUGCGGAUAAUAAGCUAUGGUUCGACUCGGUCAUAGACCAAGAGUUUCCUAAUCUGAGCAAUUUCCUAAAGAAGGCGGUGCCCGAGAUUCGUUCUUAAGCAGUUUAGAUUAGGUGUUAAAUUAGGUUUGUUGAUCAUCCGCCUUAAUUAACUAUAGUUGGGGACCAAAUACAGAUAA